UUUGUACUGCUGCCAGUGGUGUUGGUGAGCUUCUUUGUGAGUCAAGGGAUCGCAUCGGAGAAUCAGCGUCUCUUCAACAAUGCAGUUAUCCGUGUGCAACACCUACACCAGCUUGCUGCAAAAAUGAUCAACGACUUUGAGGACAGCCUGCUACCUGAAGAGCGUAGACAACUAAGCAAGAUUUUUCCCCUGUCGUUCUGCAACUCGGACUCCAUUGAGGCACCCACCGGCAAGGACGAAACGCAGAAAAGCUCAGUUUUGAAGCUGCUUCGUAUCUCAUUCCGACUGAUUGAGUCUUGGGAGUACCCAAGCCAGACCUUAAGCGGCACUGUCUCCAACAGCCUAACGCUUGGAAACCCCAACCAGAUUACGGAGAAGCUAGCUGACCUGAAAGUGGGCAUCAGUGUUCUUAUCAAGGGAUGUCUGGAUGGCCAACCUAACAUGGAUGACAAUGACUCACUGCCACUUCCAUUUGAGGACUUUUACCUGACCCUUGGUGACAGUAACCUCAGGAAGAGCUUUCGCCUGCUGGCCUGCUUCAAGAAGGACAUGCACAAAGUGGAGACCUACCUGAGAGUGGCUAACUGCAGAAGGUCGUUGGAGUCCAACUGUACCCUGUAG